UGAUCCUUCAGCUCGCGCAGCAGCCGGUGCUCGAUGUUGCGUCGCCAGUCAACAGUUGUUUUGUAGGAAGAGCCCGAGGCUCCCGGCGAAAGAAAAGCCACCGUGAGGGACAUCAGCCACACGAACAAACCACACAUCUGGAGCUCUUCUAGCCUCACGUCAACGUUUUACGCGUUAUGGCUAAUGUAGCAUUGCUGAGUUAACGUUAAGUUAGCUUUGGCUCGCGCUCUUCACUUGAUGCCGUUACGUCAGCCGAGUUGUGCUUUGUAGUUGACACUCCUAAACUGAUUAUCGAUGGAUGCUCUGGGGGAGCAGAAAGCCGCCCUGGUGGUUUUGGCCUUCCUUCAAGCCGACUGUAAGUCUCCGGGUUACAGGAAGGAGCUCAACGCUUUGGGCGAAGACUUCCAACUGACCCGGAACAUCGACCUCGGUGUCCCCGCGAGAGACGCGCCGGGAGACGGGGACCUGGAGACGGACGGCCACAUAGCCAGCUGCAUCACAGGUGCUCUCGGGGACAUCCAGCCCUCCGUGGAGCUGCAGUGGCCCCGUAACCACAAUGAGGCAGAAAAUCUUCAGCAGAUCGCACGAGGGCUGCGAGACAUCGCGGACCAGUUUGAACGCAACGUUGUGGCCGAGGCGACCGGCAACCUCAGGAGGAACAUUUCGGUCUCCCCCUCUGAGGAGUGGAAAGACCACCUGACGUGGGAGGUGCAGCGAGUGAUGAGGCGGGGCGUCGGUCUGGAGCACCUGCCUCAGGAGCGCGUCGCCGUGGCCCUGGCGCUCACCCUGGUGAGGGGAGUGUGCGAGCAGACCCCUCGGCUGCUGAGGAGCCUCUUCGGCGCCGUGUUGCAGUACUUCUACCCGGCUGCGGAGUAGAAGAUGGAGCGGCUGGAUUGGAAAGGGGUGUCCGCUUAUUUUUUUAUGGCCGUUGACAGUGUACGAGUUUAGUUAUUUUUUGAAAAGGGGAAAUAGAAGGUUGAUUUUGAGACUUGAAUAUCCAUUAAUUGAUUUGUUUACUAUUGCUUAAAACAGUAUUUUAUACUAAAAAAUAUCAUUUUGUAUUUUUUUUUUUCAUGUACAUUUAUGCGAUUACUGUGCAAUUUGAUUAAAUCUAUUUUCCCAAGA